AUGGUGGUGAACGAGGCGCCAUGGCUGACGAGACGAUUGGAGAUUGUUUUCAUGAUUGCGAUGUUUCUCAUUUGUCUCCUCUCGGAUGCAUUAAAGUGUAAAAACGGAAACGCGUUUUUUUGCAUUGGAGGGUCAUCUGCGAUGUGCGAGCGAGACGCGAACGCGUUUUGGUGCGACGACAUGGUGCUGCCUCCCACUCCAGGGGACGACACGGCACGGUGCGAAUGCACAGCACACAACAACUCCCUUCUCCUCGUGCACAUGGUGGAGGUGGGCCCCUCUCUCACGUCUGUCCCGGCGAUAAAGAGCAUUCGGCGCAAUAAUCGCUACUUGUAUCGCAUUCCCAUUGCACCACUUGUGGUGUCUGCACUAAGAAAUAGGACAGGAACUUUUAUUACAUCAAAUACAACAGACGGCAUAUUUGGCGCCAGACUUUUUGCGCCGUUGCGUCGUUCAGUUGGACUUGACUCACCCGUCCUGGGGAAGUGUACAAAGAAUACAAGUUCACUGAACAUAUCCUACAGCUUUGACAAUUUAUUGCUCUCCCCGUCAUCAUCAUCAUUACUUAGGGGCACAGAAUCCAUGAUUCCCUUUAAAAACGACCGCUUUGCUCUCCAAAAGCACCUUCCAAAUCUACAACGUGUCUUUGGUCAGCUUCUUUUGCGACGAAGUACAGAGUUGGAGUCCGACCGAGGGUCGUGUUUAAAUGCCCACCUUGUUAUUGUGAUAGCUGUUGUGCCGGGUACACAGACGGCAUGGAUAAAUAAGAAUGCUGAAGCCGUUCCAACGACUCUGUUGGACGUCAAUACGUAUGUUAAAAAAACGAUUAGUUUGUAUUUACGCAAAAAGCCUCGUUAUAUUCGGCUUUUGAAAAACGUUUGGUUUGUUGGUAUUCCCAUUGGAUUCCCCGUGCAUCGCGACUUUAAUUUUAGUACUGAUUCCACUGUUUCGCAGAGCACCAGUGAUCACGGAUCUGGAGAGAAAAAAGAGAACUCUCCUACAACUGUAGGGGAUUUCCCAUUCAAUGUGUGUCACCCCGGCGUUGAGAAACUGGAAUUGUGCCGUGAGAUGUGUCAGCAUUAUGGGAAGCAGGUUUCACAGUACCAGGCGGCAAACAGCGGAUUGCAGAAAGCAACGGAGACAAUUGGAGGACGCGUGGGGCAGCGCAGUUUUUUUCUUCUGUACCGCGAUCACUUUAAUACAGAAUCGUAUUUUGAGAGGUCAUACUGGAAGGAUUGUUUUCAACUUUCUAUCAACGGGAGCUCUGCCAUGGCAAGAAGCGUUGCGAGUAGUCUUUUUUAG